AUGGUUGCGAUGCUGCCCAGCACUCUGCGCAUGGCGAGCAUGCGUGCCGCUCGUGGUGCGAUGCGCCCGAGUGUGCAGCUCUCGCGCACAUUGACGCGUUCCAUGGCGACGGAGGCGGAAAAGAACCCGUCCUUCUCGGCCACGACCGUCGAAGAUCUGCAGGGCUACGAUGCUCAGACGCUGCUCCGUGAGGAGGGUACACAGCAGGAUGCGAACCUUCGCCACUUUACUGUGAACUUUGGUCCGCAGCACCCUGCCGCUCACGGUGUGCUUCGGCUGAUUAUGGAGCUAAAUGGUGAAGAGAUUUUGCGUGUUGACCCGCAUGUGGGUCUGUUGCACCGUGGUACGGAAAAACUGAUUGAGUACAAGACGUACACACAGGCGCUCCCGUACUUUGACCGUCUUGACUACAGUUCGAUGAUGACCAAUGAGCUGUGCUUUGCUCGUGCUGUGGAAAAGCUGCUCAACAUUGAAGUGCCGGAGCGUGCCAAGUGGAUUCGUACCAUGUUUGGUGAGCUUACGCGUAUCUCGAACCACUGCAUGGCUGUGCUGUCGCACGUCAUGGACGUGGGUGGUCUCACGCCUUUCGUCUGGGGUCUGGAGGAGCGUGAAAAGAUCAUGGAGUUUUACGAGCGUGUGUCGGGUGCCCGUAUGCACGCUGCGUAUGUGCGCCCCGGUGGUGUGACGUACGAUAUCCCGCCGGGUCUGUUGGAUGAUAUUUACCACUGGAGCACCCAGUUCUCUAGCCGUGUGGACGAGAUUGAGGAGCUUGUGACAGCCAACCGUGUGUGGAAGGAGCGUACUAUUGGUAUUGGUAAGGUCACGGCCAAGGAGGCACUGGACUAUGGCUUUAGCGGUGUUAUGCUCCGUGGUAGCGGUAUUCCGUGGGAUAUCCGUAAGGUGGCGCCGUACGAUGCGUACGACCAGGUAGAGUUUGACGUGCCCGUCGGCAAGAACGGUGACUGCUACGACCGAUUCAUCUGCCGUAUUGAGGAGUUCCGUCAGAGUCUCCGCAUUAUCCACCAGUGCUUGAACAAGAUGCCUGCGGGCCAGAUCAAGGUGGAUGACCACAAGAUUGCGCCGCCGUCGCGUGCGAUGAUGAAGGACAGCAUGGAAAGUCUGAUCCACCAUUUCAAGAUCUUCUCGGAGGGCUACGCUGUGCCGCCGGGUGAGACGUAUAGCGCCAUUGAAGCGCCCAAGGGUGAGAUGGGUGUAUACCUUGUCUCGAACGGUACCAACCGCCCCUACCGCUGCUCGAUUUCCGCGCCUGGUUUCCGCCACCUGGCCGGUGCGGACUUUAUGGCGCGUCACCACUACCUGCCCGACAUGGUCGCCAUUAUCGGUACCAUGGACUUGGUGUUCGGAGAGGUCGACAGGUAA